CAAAGGGAAGCUAAUCGGCGCAACCUCCAUUCCUCCCUUUCCCUGCUUCCUUCUCUAUAUAUUCUGGAUCCCCCGAUCGCCUCCCUCCUCCAGCGCUCUCCGAACUGCGACGCUUCGAGCUCUCUUGGGCGAUCGAUCGAAGAGGAGUCGAGGUAGAUGCUGAAGGAGGGAAAGGAGUGAGAGUGGAGAAGCAAUAGUUGUAGAAUGCCAUCGUUUCUGUCCAAGUACGUGCUUGGACGGACGCUGGGCGAGGGCAACUUCGGGAAGGUCAAGUACGCGAGGCACGUCGAGACCGGCCGCUCCUUCGCCAUCAAGAUCCUCGACCGCAAGCGCAUCCAAUCGCUCGACCUCCACGAGCAGAUCAAGAGGGAGAUCGCUACCUUGAAGCUCCUCAAGCACCCUAACGUCGUCCGCCUGUAUGAGGUGUCCGCUAGCAAAACCAAGAUCUAUAUGGUCCUGGAAUACGUAAAUGGUGGCGAAUUGUUCGACAUAAUUCAUUCGAAGGGAAAGCUUUCCGAAAAGCAAGGACGAAAGCUUUUUCAACAGUUGAUUGAUGCGAUCAGCUAUUGCCAUGAUAUGGGUGUUUACCACAGAGAUCUAAAGCCGGAAAAUGUACUUGUAGAUGCAAAGAGAAACAUAAAGAUAUCUGAUUUCGGCCUCAGUGCUCUUCCUCAGCAUCUAGGGAAUGACGGCUUGCUGCACACAACAUGCGGAAGCCCAUAUUACAUUGCUCCUGAGGUUCUCUCCAACCGAGGUUAUGAUGGUGCGAGAACAGAUAUAUGGUCGUGUGGUGUCAUUUUGUAUGAACUUCUAACCGGUGUUCUUCCUUUUGAUGAUAGAAAUCUUGCUGUUCUAUAUCACAAGAUAUCUAGAGGAGACACCAAGAUUCCCAAGUGGCUCUCUCCUGGUGCUCAAAACAUACUAAUAAGAAUACUCGAUCCAAAUCCUAUAACUCGGAUAAAUGCAGCAGGAAUCAAGGCAGAUGAAUGGUUCAAGCAAGAUUACGUACCAGCUUUCCCCAAUGAUGACUACAACGAUGAGGAGAUAAUCCUUCAUAACUCUGUUUCAAGUAAAGAGCACAAUGUGGCAGAUGAAAAUGCAACUUCACCUAGCCAUAUUAAUGCAUUUCAGCUGAUUGGAAUGUCUUCAUCACUUGAUCUUUCUGGGCUUUUUGAGAAAGAGGAUGUCUCAGAAAGGAAAAUCAGGUUUACAUCAAACUAUUCACCUAAUGUUCUGUUUGAGCAUCUAGCGGACAUUGUCAGACAAAUGGACCUUCAGAUUCAGAAGGCACUGGGCAAAUUGAAGGUUGUUCAGAAGCUGGACUCCAAGAACCCAAAGAACACUGGAUCACUCUGCGUUUGGAUAGAGGUGUUCGAGCUCAACCCAUCUCUUUUUCUUGUAGAAUUGAUGAAAUCACAAGGUGAUUCUUCAUUGUAUAGAAAGAUGUGCUCAAAGUUAUCAGGAAAUUUGGGAAUGGCUAAAGACGAGCAGCUACCGAAGAGACAAACGGGAACAAUGGAGGAAGGGGAGGUGCCUUGCUCCGUUGUGACGCAGGAUAGUUUUGGUACGUGAGUGUAUUGUGGAGUGAAAGGGUGUACAUAACAGUAGUAACUUGAUGUAUGGGGCAACCAAGUUUUCUUUACUGGAAAAUGGCACUAGUAAUCUCACAAGAAGCAUUGCCGAUAGCUAUCAAGAGUGACUAAGCAAAAUUAUUGUGUAGUAAUUGAAUUCAUAAUGCUCAUGCAUCUUGCUUAGA